GUGACUUUAUGAAAUAAAUAGUAUAGCUUAUUGGAUUUAUGUGAAUCUUAAGAUAUUUUAGUGGAAGAUCGUCACUCUUGAGUGAUGACUUUUUUAAAAAAUAUAUAUUUUUAUAAAGAAGUAAUUUGAGACUUUGAUCUUAUAACAAAGCAGCCCCUGUCUCAUUUUACAUCGUUCUGCAAUCAUGUAGAUGUUCGUUUCUUAAUGGGCUAAAAAGUUCGGCUUUGCGUUAAACUAUGGAGGUCCACCUGACGGCGGUGGCCUCGUUCGCCUCCAAUGGAGACCACGUGACACAAAUCAAAAAUGGUUCUGCCCGAAGACAAUCGCACUCUCAGGACGGUUCUUGUGGCGUUCCAGGUGAAAUAUCCACCCAGUCCGGCAUCUUGGCGGAUAGGCCGCGUUCUUAUUACCGGAGGAGCUCUGCUUCGAGAACCGGAUACCGGCAGGACAACCCGCAAAUUGCUCCGGCGAACAGCGACCUCCGUUUUGGGGUCAUCCCGAAAGAGCUGCACUUAAGGCUCCUCGAUCCAAAGGACUACAAAUCUAGAACCCAAGCCAUCGAGGAACUCAAACUUCUCAUUCACGAUUGCAACUUUAGCUCCGUAACCCACGUGGACAUCAACGGGUUAAUAAGCUUUCUGCGUACUCUACUAGACGACACUAACUUCACUGUCAUGCUCGUCGCUCUGGAUGUCUUUAACUGCCUCUUGGCGAACCUCGGCCAUCGUGCCGGCGAGUACGUAAGACCCGUCAUCUCGUCCAUGAUCAAGCUGCUCGGUGACAGCAAGACGGCGGUGAAACAAGAAUACAUGAAGAUAUACAUGCGGCUAAUGAAGGUGGCCGGUCCAAGCAAAGUGCUAAGCAUACUGUUGGAAAACCUAAAACACAGAAAUUCCCGCGUGAGAGAAGAAGUGGUGAACGUUUGUAUUGUUUCUCUAUUGACCCACCCGAGCGAGGACUUCAAUUUGCCCUUUUUAGCCUGCGAAAUUGCCCCGUGUUUAAUCGACGGCAAGAGGAAGGUCCGCCAUGCUGCUCUGGAGGCCUUCGCCGUCCUGGCGGCCUCCAUGGGACACGGCAAAAGCAGCCUCCUUAAAGCCGUGGAUGAGGUCGAGCUUCAAGAAAACGGCGAAGGCCUUAUGAACGCCGUUCAGGCCAGGCUGGCCCGAAAGACCCUCCCGAAAAUAAACGCGCAAGGCCUGGUGGAGUACGCGCUCCCGUUCCCGACGUCCGCUCAGACCAGGAAGGCUCACCACCUGCCCGGCGCCGACACCGACUGGCUGCUGACGGGUAACAGGACUCAUAGCGGACAAAGUCUGUCUGGUGAUCACAGCCACCGAGUUAUACUUCCUCAGAUUGACCCGGUCGGGCGCAGAAUGCUGAGUGCCGGGAAAGGAAAAAAUAAGUUCCCUUGGGAAGAAACUCCAUCCCCGGGAGCAUCGGACGCGUUUCCAGGAUAUCAGAAGUCAGAAAAGAGCUCUUCUAUGGAUGAUUUACACCAUACACCUGCUGUAAGGGUCCCGACGGCUAAAACCAGAGAUCUGCCCAAAAAUCACUCUACCAAUGGUUUCAGCGCUAACCACGACCCUGUCGCCGCAGACACCGGUAACGAGAACUCUACAGCCUUGAUUAAAGCUCCGCAGGUGCGAGGAUCAACCGCGCGGAAAGACCUGAGUGGAUCUAAACCUGUACCCCCAAUCGCCAAAGGAGCCACCUCAUUGCCAAAUAUCAGCAACAUCCCCACCGGCAGCGUGUUAAACGGCACCCAAGGCAACGGCCGCACCUACAGAGAAGAAAAUAUUGCGAUCGACUUCUCAGACUUAAAUACAAAAGACGAGGACGACGAUGACCGCGAGGAGAUGGCAAGCUCUCUGCGCCAUGUGCGUAAAAGCGCGGCUAAGAAGAGAGCCAAGAUGAACGGGGGCUCGUCUGACUUCGAUAGUCCUGACUCCAUGAAGAUGGAACUAAACUUAGAAUCGCCGACCAACGGGACAUCUCCGUUCAGCGGCACUUACAGCGAGAGCGGAGUUUACAGUCGCGAAUCCAUGAGGUCACCCCCAUCGCCAACGCCAUACAUUAAGAAAAAGUUUGAGGAGGCUGCUGCUGCCCCCAGGUCGACUGUACGACCCACCAGACUGCUUUCUGCUCGGAAUAAAGACAUACACAAAAAAGGAGACUCUGCAACUGAAGCUAUAUCAACGAACUAUAAGCCCGAGGGUGUCGUUGGACAGCGCAUGAACUACAAGAGCAGUGCUGCAGAUGCCGAAGAGGACAAUUCCAAGCUAAUCUCGAUGGCCCCCGCAAAAUCUCAUCCUAAAGACCAGCAGAGGUCCUCAAAACCCCUGAGAGGAAUGGCUGCAUCAACCUCCAAUUUACAACAGCUUUACACCUUUGAUUUUGAUUUCUCCACCCAACUGAUUGGUGACUCCGUGGCUGUUAUUGGGAAAGGUGUAUUUGAUACCCGAGUAUCGGCUUGCCAGACAGACAGCCACUCUGUUUUCUCAACCUCUGGAGACCAGAAUAAAGCAAAACAAACCUCCGAGCCCCCCGCCGGCGUCUACGGGAGAGCCGUCCGCCACAACGGAAGUGCGUCUGAGAUCGACGCAAAAGUCCCGAUGUCCAAGUCAGCCCGCGACAAGGUGAGGCAGAGCAAAAACAGUCUCAACGAACUCUUGCACAGCAGCGAUCUUAAUAGCAAAGAAACGGAAAUCCUGUCUCGGACCGACCCCCUGCCGAUGGCCACAGGAGCGCCAAAAGCAAAAUCUGAUGUCCAGGACAACUUGAACAAUAAUAUACCGCACCUGAGAAGAAACUCCAGCCUGAAAAAGACCCCAACGCAAAGAAAUCCAUCCACUGUCAGAAGGUCAUCUGUUGGCUCCAAGCUUGAAGCUGUCAACCUCUCAGCACCCAGAGAGCUUCCCAAUCCCAACAACUCACUGACUGAUGUCUUCACGCUCUUGGAGAAUGACGAUUGGGAGAAAAAGAUUGAAGGAUUGGCUCUGAUAAGAUCACUGUGUGCCUUCCAUCCUGAUCUGGUUAUGGAGAAACUUUACGACCUGAGCUUAGCCAUCGCCAAGGAGGUGAAGAACCUGCGUUCCAGCGUCUCCCGAGCCGCCAUCGCCUGCCUGGGGGACAUGUUCACGCACCUAAAGAAGAACAUGGACCAUGAUCUUGAUAACUGCGUCAAGGUGGUCUUACACAAAGCAGGAGAAUCCAGCGUUUUCAUCCGAGAGGACGUGGACAAGACCCUAGACGCCAUGGUGGAAAAUGUUACGCCGGUGCGCGCUAUGAUGUCCCUCAUCAACGGAGGCGUCAGCCAUUUGAACCCUGCUGUUCGCAAGUGCACGGCCCAUCACUUGUACAAUCUGAUGGAGAAGAUGGGGCCGGGGUGCGUGUUGUCUGGAGUAAAGAACAUCACUGAUCGCGCCUUGCCAGCCAUUGCCAAGUUUGCUCUGGAUGGGGCCCAGGAAACUAGGCACUUUGGGCGGAAAAUGCUCCAUCUACUCAUGUCGCAUCCCGAGUUUACCAAAAUGUUGGAAAAGUAUAUUCCACCUAAGGAGUUGCCUUAUGUGAAGGACGUAAUACACAAUAUUAAAAAAAGUGUUCCCUCGCCCAACACGCAAGGCCUUAAAGCGUAUACAUGAAGAUUGGAAGAAACUAACCUUGCAAAAAAAAAAACAAAAAAACCUGGAGAUUGGAGGAAAUGAACCUCGCGAGAAAAA